CGAAAUUACAGAGAAGCACACAGAUCUCUCCAUCGCGAAGAACACUCCUUCACCCUCUGCAAAAUAUCUCGUCCCCUUGCGCUCGCUCGGCAAGACUAGGGUUUCAGGGUUCUCCUCAAUCGGAUUCAGUGUGGGACUUGCCCUUCAAAUUCGGCCGGAGACGGAGCCCUCCUCCCAUCCACGGCGGCCACCAUUUCUGUCCCGUUCUUCUCAAUCGGCAUAUUUCCGCUGGUUGGUUCGUGCAAUCUGAUGAACACACCAAUUGUCAAUUGAUACUGAAGAGGGUUCAAAAUCAUCUCUAAUGUGGGUAAAUUAUCUUCAUAUGCUUCAUUUUGAUCUCAUUAUAGUUUAUGUUUUAGUCCAGCAUUCUGGAUACCCAAUCCCAACUAGCACUCGAUGGAGGAUCUCCCGGAGGCACUGCUGGCAGAGAUCAUCAAGAGGGUUACCAAAAGAAGUGACUUGAAUUCUCUUUCCCUUGUCUCGAAGCGUCUCUUCGCCAUCCAGGCUGAGCAAAAGGGGUCCAUCCGGGUUGGUUGUGGCCUUUGCCUUGCCACUGAAGCUUUGGUGUCACUCUUCUCCCGGUUCCCCAAUUUGUGGAAAGUUGAGAUCGAUUAUGCUGGCUGGACACCUUCCCACGGGGAUCAGUUGGACAACCAUGACCUCUUUGUGAUUAUAUCUUGCUGUCCCUCUCUAACCGAUCUCACACUAAGUUUCUGUUCACAAAUCGAUGACACCGGUCUUGGUUAUCUAUGCUACAGCGAGAAAUUGACUUCCCUCAGGCUGAACUCUGCAACUGAAAUAACUUCUUGUGGACUUCUCUCGGUUGCAGUUGGUUGCAAGAGUCUGUCUUCCCUCCACCUUAUCAACUGUGAGAAAGUAGGCAGUACCGAGUGGCUGGAGUAUCUAGGCUUGAAUGGAUCGUUGGAAGAAUUUGUACUCAAGAAUUGCAAUGGAAUCAGCCUGUAUGACCUCAUAAUGCUCGGUCCAGGAUGGAUGAAGCUACGCAAGUUUGAAUUUCGAAUGGGAGGAUUAUGGGAUGUUCAUGAGGGAUAUGAUCAUAUGGAAAUCGAUGGUUAGUCAUGAAGCUGACAAUUGAUGUUUCAUGCUGCCAUGAUUGUUGUUUGGCUUGUGAGCAGUUAAUUUGGGGAAAAUUGCCAGGGAGAAGAAUGAGAUUUCGAGGGUCUUCUAGUUGAUUAUUUUUAUUAAGAUGUCAUGCUGUAACAUCUGUCACCAAGAGACUUAACACAACAAAUUAUCGGAGCUUUCAUCAAUUAAAACAUCAACAUCCUGGACCAUUACACUGUGGAAAACGUACAGAAAUGCCGGCCAUGCAGUUGCUCUGGCUAGUGCAUGGCCUGAGAAGCAGGAGGGAACAUGCAGGAGAAAACUACUUGCCGGUACUUUAUCCCUUGUUAAUUCAUGUUACUUUUCUGGAACAAAUGUAAGAUGGCAUGGUCAGUUGUUCUGCUAUGGUGGAAUUCAGGAUCCCAUAUCAGAAGAAUUUACUAGAGGACUGUUGAUGACUUGUUUCCUCAGAUUAUUCCAGAUGCAGAAGUAAACUCGGAAGAGAAAGAUGAUAGCAUGGUAGCAUCUUCAAAUGGUAUGGGGUGCACAGCCCUGAAAGUAUGGAAUUAGUAUACACUAGGUGGUUUUCCCAUGUUACUUGGAGGCUAUCAUCUUUUAUGGAGCAGUCUACUCUCGGAAGUGGCAGGAGCUCACGGUCUUCAUCAGCUAGUUGCCCAUGGGGUCAGUGGUGAAAUGUAGCUGAAGAAAUCUCUCUGUAUUCUGCAAUUGGAUGAAAUUUGGGCAGCCAUGUGCCCAUGUGGGUCUCAGAAGGCAAAACAAAAAGCUAUUGAGAUGAUGCUUGAUAAGUUAUUGCAAAUUUUCAGUGUGGUUUGCAGCUGUUAUGCACUAUAGACAAUAUAAAAAUAUCCACUAGGGAGAAUAUAAUCUGCUUACUUAGUGUAAACUAAAUUAAUUGCUAAUUGCUCUAUUUCUGUACUAAUUCCUAGUUCAAAUUGGAUCUUCAUCCUGACAGGAAAUUUUAGAGUGUUUUAUUGUAUUUGCCCAUCAUUUCUGUAUGUCAUAAUAAAUGAAGUUGUGUCAUAAA